CCCCGACUUUAACUUCUGGUGGAAUCAGCGUGGAAGUUUCGGAGAGCAAGAAGCCGCAGUCGAGUUCACCGCGUUGGGAGGAAAACUGUGGAACUUUCGGUGACACCGAAGCAGCCCAGUGACCAUGGACGACCUGGAUGCCUUACUAGCUGACCUAGAGUCGACGACAUCCCACAUCUCAAAGCGACCGGUGUUUUUGCCUGAUGAGACGCCUUACUCCAUCCCCACCAGUGGAAACUAUUACCAGGAUCUAUCAGUUCCACCUCCAGUACCUCCUCCACCAACAGCCGAGGCUCUCAACGGUUCACUGCAAGACCACAAAGACUCGCAGCACUCCUCUCAGCAGUCUCUAGGUUCGGCCCAAAAGAGCUCAUGGUCGGGGGACAGAAGCAGUUCUCCACAGUCUCACACUGAAGAAGACCACGUCUACAGCUUUCCUAACAAACAGAAACCAUCAGACUCAUCGACUGCAGCCAUGACCUCAGCCCUCGGCAGCAACCUCUCAGAACUUGACAGGCUACUGCUGGAGCUCAAUGCGGUUCAACAGAGCUCCCCCUCGUUCCCCACGACAGAGGAGAGGGCACCGCCCUUGCCAUCCACAAGCAUCACCCACUAUGAAAAUGGCAAUACUCCUGAAAUCAGAAUUAGCCCACCCCCUCAUGAGGAGCCCAAGAGAAAUGGAACAAAGUCGGAUGAGGCUCGGCCAACAGUGGAGAGUCUUUUGGAUGAGCUGGAGGGUUCCGUGCCCUCAACCAGUGGUUUGGACAGUCCCACUCAGCAGCAAGCACGGAUUUCAGCUUCUUGUGCCACGAGAGAGUUGGACGAGCUGAUGGCCUCCUUGUCUGACUUUAAGCCCAGCUCUUUGGGCUCUUUGCUGCACCCAACAGGAGCAACUUCUACCACUUCUCAUCUUCCAGUCUCUACCUUCAUCCCCCCAGUGGCUUCUCCUUUCUUCAGUCUGUCCCACCCAUCUACAUGUGCCUCUUCUCUGUUGUCUCUGCCUGCUGGUCUUGAGCUGCACAUAGAUGAGGACGGAGGAGACAGAGGCUUGUCGUCGUCCCAUCUGAAUCAUAUUCCCUGUCACAGUCCUAUCUCGUCGCUCUCUGCGGCCAGUGACCUUGACUUUGCAGCAGAUGCAUUUGCCGUCGUGCCCCCGUCCCCAAGCAAUUUGCUGCAAGUCAUGUCACAGUCGGCGUCUUUUAGCUCCAGCAUGCAGAGAACCAGUUCAAGCCCAUCCACUACUCCCUCACUGACCUCAGUAAACACCGUCCUGGACAAGACCUCACAGUCACCUAGUCCAUCUGUAGAGCAGUUUUCACCCUCAGCUGCUGCUUGUAAUCAGUCUUGUUCACCUGACAAAAUGACCAAUGGGUCUUUUGUUAUCCAUGAUCCUAGUUUGAAUCACUUUGCUUCUCCCCUUCACUCACUCACCCCUUCUACCUCUUCACCUUCACCUCUCCCUGCUACUUCUUCUGUAUCGCCCCCCCUCACAAGGUUUUCCUGCCAAACCUCCUCAACAGCUUCUAUGGCAAACAUCGUUUCCCCUGUGACCUUCCCGACUUCUUCAAUCCCCAGUGGACAUGUGCUGGAGCCAAGACCCACAGCCAAGAGUGCCAGCCCCCUCGUUCUGCAUCAACUCCCUUUAGAGGAAGCCUCCCUGGAUGAAGCGCUGGACAAGCUGCUAGCAAUGAGUUUUUCACAGAAUCUGUCAGCUGACCCGCAGCUGAAGAUGGAGACGCAUUGUCUCAGCAGAGAUGCCCCAGAAGUGCAGGAGUUUAUCCUUCCCAUGGACAGAAACUGUGCUCAGCACGACACUUUCACCUGUACCACCAACACCAUGACUGACGAAUCAGUGGACGGAGGCACCGACGCCAAUGGAGAGCUGGACUGGGCCGAUGAGGAGCUGUCCAUGUCUUUCCAUGACGGUUUUGAUGGCACCAUGACGCCUUAUACCGAGAGAAUGUACACAGAUGGCAGCAUGACCCCGCUGACAGAAGCCAGCUGGAUGGACGAGUCCAUGACGCCGUCCACAUGCCCCGGGACGCCUGAUGUUGCCCUGGAUUUGCCUUUGCUGCAGCCUCCCAAUAUGGACAGAGUCUCUGCAUCGGGUCAUAUCAAAUCAGUAAUAAGGCGGACUAAGGAGAUCCCCAACGUGCAUCCUAUGUAUCGAGAAGGCCUCCUGCGCAGGAAAAUGGGACCUAUCAUUGUCAACAAGAACACUUCUCAAGAUCGCCUCAUCGAGGAGCUUCAGGGCAAGUUCGGUAUCGCCCGCCCGGAGCGGCGGCGUAAACAAUCGGACGACUGGCUGACCGACGGGGUCGUUGUCACGUCCAAACCACAGCGUUUCCGUCCUGACGGCGAACUUGACAAGGUUGGCUGA